AUGAGUAGCGAUAGUAACACGCAGUUAGGUGGCAAGGUGGUGGUUAUCACGGGUGCCUCAGGCGGUAUUGGCGCUGCCAUCGCAUUGGAGCUAGCAAAGGCAGGUGCUAAGAUCGCGCUGGGGGCUCGAAGGCUUGAAGCUUUAGAGACGGUCAAGACGACUAUUGAACAGAAAACUGGAAUCAACGACAGUAUCCUCGUCGUUCAGACUGAUGUCACAAAACGCCAGGAGGUUGAAAAUUUAGUGUCAAAAGCAGAGCAGACCUUUGGAGCUAUCGACAUUCUUGUUAACAACGCUGGUGUGAUGCCCUUUGAGCUCUUGAAAAAUGUUAACCAGGACAGUUGGGAACGGACAAUCGACGUCAACUGCAAGGGGACGCUUAAUGGUGUAGCCGCAGUAUUACCAAAGAUGUUGGCUCGAAAGAGUGGUCAUAUUGUCAAUAUAUCAUCCGAUGCUGGACGCAAGGUAUUUCCUGGUUUGGGAGUUUACUCGGCAUCCAAAAUGUUUAUCGAAGGUAUUUCGCAAGCUUUGCGUCUUGAAAACAUUGGUAGUGGCCUCCGUGUAACUUCGAUCCAGCCUGGUAAUGUCGCAACGGAUCUCGUAAUGCAUGCUAAUACUUCAAGUCGUGUGGAUGAAGAGGCGAUGAAGCUCUAUGGUAAACCUUCGGAGUUCGAGAUCCUUCAAUCCCAAGAUAUUGGUCGAGCCGUGCUGUACGCUGUCACGCAACCGCCACACGUCGCAAUCAAUGAAAUCUUAGUGGAACCACGAGAUGAACCCAUAUAA